CCUCGGGUCCUGUGGCUCACGCUUUGGUACUAGAGGCCGGACUGUUCUGGCGACGGCGACCUCUGCGGCAACGGCUGAAGUUCUCGGAGGAGUAUCGGAGUAGGGUCUGGAGGAGAGGCUUCUGGUCUGCCCAGGCAGCUGGAAGGUGAACGCGAGAGAGGAAGAAUACACUGUACAGGGAACUUUGCAAGGCUCUGUCAUAAUGAAUGGAUCCAGUGUGGCCAAUACAUCACCCAGCAUAAAAUCCAAAGAGGACCAGGGCUUAAGUGGGCACGAUGAGAAGGAAAACCCAUUUGCAGAGUACAUGUGGAUGGAGAAUGAAGAGGACUUCAACAGACAGGUGGAGGAGGAGCUGCAGGAGCAAGAAUUCUUGGACCGCUGCUUCCAGGAGAUGCUGGAUGAGGAAGACCAAGACUGGUUUAUUCCAUCUCGAGACCUGCCUCAGGCCAUGGGACAGUUGCAACAGCAGUUCAACGGACUGUCGGUCAGUGAUGGUCAUGAUUCUGAAGAUAUUUUGAGCAAAAGUAACCUGAACCCGGAUGCCAAGGAAUUUAUUCCAGGAGUGAAGUACUGAGCUGACAGAAAGCUUUGAGGAGGACUUGUAUGUCCCCAUAUCUGGGGACAGGGCUGCACAACAAGGCGGAGCCGAAGA